UUUAUCUAAUAGUUUUUUUUUUCGUUUUAUUGGACAACAGAUAGCAAUGGAGCCGAGCUUGACGGCUCAAGAUUGUCGUCGUAAACGUACUCAUCGACGAUCGGGAGCCGUUUCUUUAGAUUUGGGAUUUAAACGGACAUUUGACAAUUCCAAAGACUUAGGACAACCAUCAUCAUCUAAGGGAGAUGAGGUGACACAUGAUCCGGAAUCUCGUACUGUAGAACAGAAGGGAAAUGAUACAGAACAACUGUUAGAUUUGCCAAAUACCGAGACAUCGACAAAAAGACGGAAUGGAUUUCAUGGAUGGUUUUGGGCAGAAUCUAUUUUAUCAUUAGUAUAUUUGUAUUUUGGAGGAUCUCAUAAAAAAAAGGUUCCAGCGAAUUCUGUACCUGUUGUGUUGAAUAUGGAAGAGCAUAGGCCGCCGCCAUCAUCUAUUUGUACGGUGACUCUACAACCUUUGAUUGAUUUAGAUGCUGCUCUUUUAACUAAGCCUCCUAAUUCAUCUAUGUUUCCUGGUUCAGAAAACCAUCAACGUUCACGCAGUGUUACGGUGUCUUCGCCAUAUUUCUCUGGAUCUAGCAGUACUUAUCAUAGUUCUUAUAAAAAUGGCUAUAGUCUCAGACGAAAAAUGAGUGUAAUUAUUGAAGAUGCAGAUACGAUUUCAACAUCAUUGCUUCCUUCGUCUGAUGGUGUUUCUGAUAAUCUACAAAAUCCACAGACAGCUGAAGAACAAUCUUCCAAAGUUGAUCUAACUGAUGGGAAAGAAGAAAUAGAUCAGAAAGUAGAUUUUUUCAAAAAAGAUGAUAUUCUAUUGGAUAAUUCAGAAAAAUUUUUAAAGGACGAUCAGCUUAUGGCUGAUCUAUAUAAUUCUUUCCCUGUAUCCUGUACCAAGGAUACUAUAAAUCAUGAUAAUACUGCUAUAAAAAUGAAUCAACAAAGUAUUCCGAAAAAUACAAAAGGAAAACGGAAAUGGCGCCGUGUACUAGGGAAGUUUAUGAAACAGAAAAAUGGAUAACAUUUCAAACAUAUUCUUCUCGUUGUCAUAUUCAUAUUUCUAUCGU